CUUAUGUUCCAUUCUGCUCAGAAUUGUUGUUUUAAUCUUAGCUGCUAUUGCGCGAUAAUUGUUUCAUAUUCAUUAUACGCCAUUUUGAUUCUGGAUUUUUUGGAGGAGGGAUGAGCAGCUAAUAUUUUGGUAGAAAUCUUGAAUCUAAGAAAACUGUGUGAUCCAUAUGGUUGAACGUUUACCGGUCGGUAGAAAAUGCUCUUCUGCGGCGCACUGCAUCACCGGCAUUCUCUAGUCCCCAUCCUUUUAUCUCACAGCCAGUUUUCGCCAUGUCGAGAUUAUUGAAAGUUGGGAACAUUAGGAGAGCAUUUCGAUCUUUUCGGACAAAACGAGCUAGUGUCUCUUCGGAAGAGGUGAAAUAUGGGCCCAUGGUUCGAGCAGGGCUGUGUACUCCUCAAUAUAGAUUGUUCUCACAGUAUUUAUUGCCUAAAGCAGAGCAUGCCCCAAAUGCAACAUAUAAAGUGGGAAAAAUUUUCUGCAAUAGCUGCACCAGGAAUUACACAUCUGUUGCUUCUAGCGGUUCUAUAGCCUAUAAUGCGCAAGUUGUUUGGAAGAGGUUGGCUCAGGCAUCUGCACUUGAUGGGAGCAAAACUCAUCACACCAUUAACCGAAUUGCUCAGGCGGUCAGCUUGGGUUUGAGCCGUUCUUACAUUGUGGUUCCUGGUAUAUUUACUAUGAUGUGUGGAUCCCAGAUGACAUUUGCGUAUUCUGUUCCAGAAACAGAUGUUAUUCCACCGAGGAACAGUUUAUACACGCAUGCUGAGGACAGCCAUCUUUUCCUGACCAGACUGAUAAUUUCUAUUUUUGAGAGCCUUAUCUUGUUGCUGAGAGCUAUACAUCUCAGUUUUCUGUUUGCACCAAGCAUUGCCAUGGCUCCAUUUGCAGAUAGUUUCGGACCUGAGUUUAGGAAGUUAUGGCUUAAGGUUGUUCAUCGAACUCUUGAAACAGCAGGCCCAGCAUUCAUAAAAUGGGGACAGUGGGCGGCCACACGGCCAGAUCUAUUCCCUAGAGACUUGUGUAUUGAACUGUCGAAACUUCACACCAAAGCCCCCGAACAUAGCUUUGCAUACACUAAGAAGGCUGUUGAGAAAGCUUUCGGCCGUAAAAUAUCAGAAAUUUUUGAUGACUUUGAGGAAGAACCUGUGGCCUCUGGAAGCAUUGCACAAGUGCAUCGAGCUUCUUUGCGGUCUCGCUACCGUGGUCUCCAGGUCAAACCAAUGCUAGUUGCAGUUAAGGUGAGACAUCCAGGUGUUGGUGAGUCAAUAAAAAGGGAUUUUGAGAUAAUUAAUGCAGUGGCAAGAAUGUCAAGGUUCAUUCCUGCUCUGAAUUGGCUGAGGCUCGAUGAAAGUGUCCAGCAGUUUGCAGUUUUCAUGAUGUCUCAAGUUGAUCUAGCACGAGAAGCUGCUCAUUUGAACCGCUUCAUAUAUAAUUUUCGCCAAUGGAAGGAUGUUUCUUUCCCAAAGCCUGUAUAUCCUUUAGUUCAUCCAGCUGUGUUAGUGGAAACUUUUGAGCACGGAGAAAGUGUUUCUCACUAUGUGGAUGUGCUUGAGGGGAAGAAUGAUAGAACAAGUAGUGCUCUUGCCCACAUUGGAACCCAUGCCCUGCUGAAGAUGCUCCUGGUGGACAACUUUGUUCAUGCUGAUAUGCAUCCUGGAAACAUCCUAGUUCGUGCUCCUCAGAAAAAGCCCACUCGCAAAAAGAUAUUCAAAACUAAGCCACAUGUUAUAUUCCUCGACGUUGGGAUGACUGCUGAACUAUCCAAAAAUGAUCGUGUAAAUUUACUGGAAUUCUUCAAGGCUGUUGCGCGUAGAGAUGGGCAAACUGCAGCAGAGUGCACACUGAGAUUGUCAAAGAAACAGAAUUGUCCAAAACCUGAGGCCUUCAUUGAGGAAGUGAGAGAAUCAUUUGAUUUCUGGGGUACACCAGAAGGAGAUUUGAUCCAUCCAGCUGAAUGCAUGCAGCAACUGCUUGAGAAAGUUCGGCGCCAUAAAGUAAAUGUUGAUGGGAACGUUUGCACUGUGAUGGUGACGCUUCUGGUCCUUGAGGGGUGGCAACGGAAGCUCGACCCGGAUUAUGACGUGAUGCAUACACUGCAGACGCUGCUUCUAAAAUCCGACUGGGCUGCAUCACUUUCUUACACAAUCGAAGGGCUGAUGGCACCAUGAGUGGUCUGAAAAACAAUUUUUUAAAAUGUAGAAACACACUCUUUAAGGCGAAAUUGUAUAUCACUUGACAGAAUCAUAAGUAUACAUUAGUUCUCGGCAUAAUUCCUUGACAUCUCACAAUUUUGUAAGAAUAUGGUUGGUAUCUUGUAUUCUUUUUCUCUGAAAAAACAGCGAUAAGGCGACCUUGAGGUUAAUAAUCGCCUGCAAAUA